AUGUUUUGUAUUGGAAGGAAGAGAGUUUCCAGUCUAGCUAAGGCUACCUUGAGAUACAACAGCAGCUCUACUCUGAAACCGCCACGAUCGAGAUUAUUCAAUUAUGCAGCACUUGGAGCGGGGUCAUUAGGUGCUGGAUACUUUAUUGGAAGAUACUAUAACAAAUCGAAAGAAACCAAAGGGACUUCCAGCGCUACACUUCAGGUGGUUUCUGUAGAUGCAUCUACAGCCCCACUUUCAACAUUGGACUCACCAGUCUAUGCCAAUGAAGAACAAUUCAAACAAGGAUUAUCAAAAAUCAUUGAUAUUGUCGGCAAAGACCAUGCUCUGUUUGAUCCAGAAGUUUUAUCAUCACACAAUGACUCCUUUUAUUCAACUCAUCACCCUCCUCAACCAGAUAAACAAAAACCCAAUGUUGUUAUAACCCCAACUUCAACUGAACAAGUAUCUCAAAUCAUGAAAAUUGCUCAUGAAUAUCGACUCCCUGUGGUUGCCAGUUCUGGGUUGACUUCACUUGAAGGGCAAAAUAUUCACACCAGAGGGCCAUUUAGUAUAUCGAUUUCAUUUGCUGAAAUGAAUCGAAUUUUGGCGUUCCACCCGGACGAUUUGGAUAUUGUUGUUCAACCAGGUGUAGGGUGGGUUGAUCUUGCUGACUAUUUGAGCGACGAUCCAAAGGGCAAAGAUUUAUUGUUUGGACCUGAUCCGGGGAUUGGUGCCAAUAUUGGUGGAAUGGUGGGGACUAGCGCUUCAGGAACUAAUGCUUUCCGAUAUGGUACAAUGAAGGAAAAUGUUGUCAACUUGACGGUUGUUUUGGCUGAUGGAACCGUGAUCAAGACUAGACAGAGACCAAGAAAGUCAAGUGCUGGGUAUGACUUGACAAGAUUUUUCAUUGGUACUGAAGGAACAGCUGGGAUUAUUACCGAAAUAACAUUGAAACUACACGUACGUCCUAAAGUAGAGCUUAUAACUACCGCCGCAUUCCCUACUAUCAAGGACGCGGCAGCGGCAGCUCAGACUAUAAUUGGGAAAGGAAUCCAACCAAACGCUAUGGAAUUGUUGAAUGAUACAAUGAUGUCAUUUGUAAAUGAAGCUUCUGAUGGUGAACACAGAUUGGAAAAACCAACCUUGUUUUUCAAAUUAGGAGGUCCUACAACCAAAGCAGUUGAUGAGCAAUCUCGGGUUGUGGAAGACAUUGCCAAUGUAAAUCAUGCUAUAAAAGUUGAGCGAAGCGAAAAUGCUGAGCAAAACGCCGAGUUGUGGGCAGCAAGAAGAAACGGUCUUUGGUCCACUUUCCAAGCUGGUGCUAGUCGUCUUGCCAAUCCUGAUGAUACACAAAUUUGGACCACAGAUGUGGCUGUCCCUGUAUCCAAUCUUUCUGAAGCCAUCUCCCAAAUCAAUGAUGAUUUGAUCAAAGCUGGAUUUGAUGGUAAAUUCUCAGUAUUGGGUCAUAUUGGUGAUGGAAAUUGUCAUUUUCUCAUCAUUUACAACUCACCUGACUAUAGCAAAGUCCAUGCCGCGGUUGACCGUAUGGUCUCACGCGCUUUACAGCUUGAAGGUACAUGUACUGGUGAACACGGUGUUGGGGUAGGCAAAAGAAAGUAUCUUUCUGAGGAAUUGAGUGAAUCAACUAUUGACACAAUGAGAAAAUUGAAAUUGGCGUUAGAUCCGAGAAGAAUAUUGAAUCCCGAUAAGGUUUUCAAGAUUGAUCCAAAUGAUGAUUUGGAUGAACAGUUGAACUCUGGUCAUGUUAUUGAGAAACAUGAGUGUAUGCAUAAUCAUUAG